AUGAAACAAUCAAAUGAGAUAAAUCAACAAAUUAUAUUAAAAUCUUUCUUUAAAAUACCAAUUAAGAUCGAUCCAAGUAUUUCAAAUAUUGCUGUCAGAAUACAUACUUGUUUUAAUAUUAAUACUUUACUUUCAACACUUGUACCAAAUGAAUUAGCUACAUCAUUUGCUCCGAUACCAAAUGCUAAUAUAGAUGCAACAAAAAAAUCAAAAAUCAAUACCUAUAAUAGACUAAUUGAACAUAGUUCGAAAGCAACCCAGUCAGACAAAAAUUUUGAAAAACGCGUUUAA